CACAAAUCCAUUCUCGCUGAACUAGGAAGAUGCUGCACGCGCGCCGCCUUCUCCGCUCCACGAAGCUCCAGACCCGCGCCAUGUCCUGGCUCAAGGACGUGCCCAUGGGCCCCGCGGACCCGAUCUUGGGCCUCACCGAAAAGUUCAACAAGGACACGGACGCCCGCAAGGUCUCGCUCGGCGUCGGCGCGUACCGCGACGACAACGGCAAGCCGUACGUCCUUCCGUCGGUCUGGGAAGCCGAGAAGCGCCUCAUUGACGCCAAGAAGAACAAGGAAUACGCUGGCAUUGCCGGUAUCAAGGAGUUUGUCGACCUCUCCUUGAAGUUCGCCUACGGCGACAACUCGAAGGCCAUUAAGGAUGGCCGCGUCACCGGUGUCCAGACGAUCUCGGGCACGGGCGGCUGCCGUCUCGCUGGCGAGUUCUUUGCCCGCUUCUUGGGCAAGAACACGCCGAUCUACUUGCCGAACCCGACGUGGGGCAACCACAUUCCGAUCAUGAAGGAUGCUGGCCUCGACGUCCGUCGCUACGCCUACUUUGAGCCGGCCUCGCGCGGCCUCAACUUUUCGGGCUUGAUGAGCGAUAUCCAGGGCGCCCCCGAAAAGUCGGUGUUCCUCCUCCACGCGUGCGCUCACAACCCGACGGGUGUUGACCCGACGAAGGAGCAGUGGGCUGCGAUCUCCAAGGCCAUGAAGGAGAAGAACCAUGUCGUCUUCUUUGACUGCGCGUACCAGGGCUUUGCCUCGGGCGACGCCGACCGUGAUGCUGCCGCCAUUCGCCAAUUUGUCGAGGACGGCCACAACAUUGUCUUGUCGCAGUCGUACGCCAAGAACUUCGGCCUCUACGGUGAGCGCGUCGGUGCGCUCAGCGUCGUGUGCAAGGACGCGGACGAGGCUGCGCGCGCCGAGUCGCAGCUCAAGAUCCUGAUCCGCCCCAUGUACUCGAACCCGCCGAUCCACGGCGCGCUCCUCGUCUCGACGAUCCUCGGCGACGACAAGCUCAAGCGCCAGUGGUACGGCGAGUGCAAGAGCAUGGCCGAUCGCAUCAUCUCGAUGCGGUCGCUCCUCAAGGCCAACAUUGCCAAGAUUGACGGCUCGACGACCGAAUGGAACCACAUUACGGACCAGAUUGGCAUGUUCUGCUACACGGGCCUCACGGAGCCGCAGGUCGACCGCAUGAUGGCCAAGCACCACAUCUACUUGACCAAGGACGGUCGCAUCUCGAUGGCCGGCGUCAACUCGAAGAACGUCGAGUACAUUGCCGAAGCCAUCGCCGAGGUUGUCCAGCACGCGUAA